AUCGAAACGCGCCUUGAAUGACGCUUCCUCCCAUCGGUUGUUAUUGUUUUGCUGGAAGAAGCCUGGAAGUUAAUAAUCAUAACAGUAACGACGUAGUUUGUCAACGCGAAGCGACACGAUUAGAAUCGUGUAUUUAAUCUCCGGUUUAAAGCGAUCGCUGGGUAGUUCGCUCCCGGUGCCUGCAUGCGUACCAUCCGGGGCUAGUCCGUCCGGACAUUCCUCUCCCAGAGGACUGUGAGCGUGGCGGUUGGAGUCGGGGUGGCGGAGGAGGGGAAAGCGGGGGGCCCCGGUGUGGAUCGAGGCGAUCUUGAGGCCUCUGAGCUCGGCCAGCGAAAACUGGAGGCUCGGAUGGAUUCCCAAGACGAAGUGGACGGCGGCCCCGAGAUGCUACGAGGCUUCAUCUGUGCCUCGUUUAACCAGGACACCACUUCUUUGUCGGUGGGCACGAAGACUGGGUACCGUCUCUUCUCAGUCACUGCUGUAGACAAACUGGACUGCAUCCAUGAGGGAGUGGAGUGUCCCGACGUGUGCAUCGUGGAGCGGCUGUUCUCCAGCAGCCUGGUGGUGGUGGUGAGCCAAUCCGUACCGCGACGGAUGAACGUCUAUCAUUUUAAGAAAGGGACUGAGAUCUGCAACUACAGCUACACCAACAACAUCCUCAGCGUCAGGCUUAACAGACAGCGACUGGUGGUUUGCCUGGAGGAAUCCAUUUAUAUCCACAAUAUUAAAGACAUGAAACUCCUUAAGACCCUCCUCAACACCCCUACCAACCCCUCAGGUCUCUGUGCCCUGUCCGUCAACCACGGUAACUCUUUCUUGGCGUAUCCUGGUAGUGCCACUAUUGGAGAGAUCACUGUGUACGAUGCAAACAACCUGGUAAGUCUGCAUCAUAGUAAAAUUAAAAUCACAGCUGAUUUGCAACUAUGGACCGGUUUCUCCGUUAAGAGCACUGUGACGCUGAUCCAGGCCCAUGCUAGCCCCUUGGCGGCGCUCACCUUCAACGCCUCUGGCACUAAACUCGCCAGUGCUUCAGAGAAAGGCACGGUUAUCAGGGUGUUCAGCAUUCCUGAAGGUCAGAGGUUGUUUGAGUUUCGACGAGGGAUGAAAAGAUAUGUUAGCAUAAGUUCACUGUCAUUCAGCGCUGAUGCGCAGUUCCUGUGUGCCUCCAGCAACACGGAGACGGUCCAUAUCUUCAAAUUGGAGCAGCACAGCCCAAAUCAAGAGGAAGAGUCGCCUACAUGGUCUGCAUAUGUGGGCAAAAUGUUCACAGCGGCUAGCACCUACUUGCCAGCUCAGGUGUCCGACAUGAUGCAUCAAGACAGAGCCUUCGCCACCGUGCGACUCAACAUGUUUGGCCUGAAGAACAUCUGUGCGCUAGCUAUGAUUCAGAAGCUACCUCGCUUGCUGGUGGCGUCCUCAGACGGUUAUCUUUACAUCUAUAAUGUUGACCCACAAGAUGGAGGCGAGUGCAUGCUGGUUCAAAAACACAGGUUGUUUGAUGGCAGUGAGGAGCAGGCAGAACAGAAGGAAGAUGAGCCACCAGCGGAGGGCUCCAACCAACCAGCCUGCCAAUCAUAUGCAGCUACUGUGGCACUCCCUUCGAGCCCGCCUUCCUCCACUACACUUUUGGGGUACUCAGAGGAUGGAGGAGCCCAGAAGGGGGACGUCAUCCCAGAGCACGAGUUCGCAGAAGGCCCCAUGUGUCUGGAUGAUGAAAAUGAAUUUCCUCCAAUCAGUAACUAAAUUAACUCUCAAUGCUCCAUCACUAGCCAUCAUUUCCUUCUCAACGCAGACAGAAUUGCAAAACGCAUGAAAACCAGCCGCCUCCUUUUUCCACGCAUAACGUACCCCUGCAGGUCGAGGGUCUAAUUCUACCAAAUAGUUACAUUCUGGUGUUUUCUGGAUUCUGUGUAGUCCUGGAAACACAUUAACACAUAAGGAGUGGACAUUUCACUCAUUUGGAACAUCACACGUCGGUAUUACACCGACGAGUACAGUGUUAAAGAGUUUUUGUGACGUUGCUUCAUCAUAUGAGCAAAAUGCAUUGUAUGUGUAAUUUAGAGGUUACUUUUUUAGCCUGCUACAUCAUGCCAUUUGUUGUUGACUUAACUGCUUCUGAGUAGGUACUGUUCGAGAUAAGCGAUCAAAACAUACUGCACGUGAGAAGCACUGACCUGACUUGGUCAACAUUCCCAAAAGUGGACCUUGUAUGUUGGUUUGCUUGCGCUUAUGUAUUAGACUUAGGACCACACCGAAGUUUAAAAAAAAAAAAAAAAAAAAAAAAAAAAAAAAAAGAACAAUUUGUAGGAUUACAUCAUUAAUACCAUAACAAUUGCAAAGGCAUGGUUUAACAGAGCAAAUAAUGGCGUGAUAUUUAGAGAAGGAAGUUGUAAUUUUAUGGGAGUAAAAUUGUGACUUUGAUGAGAGUAAAGAUAGAAUUUUAGAGUAUUGUAAGUCAUGCAUUCACCUGAAAAAGUCUUAAAGAAUAAAGUCAUUAUUCUAUGAAAGUACACUUUGAUUUUGAAAAAUAUAUUUUAUAAGUAUGAAGCCGUUAUUUAUAUAAAGUGAGUGUUUUUAGAAUUUUCAGAGAAUAAUUAAGAAAUCCAAUUAAUAGGUCUGCAAGAAAUACAUAUUACAUAUAAAAGGUCAUUAAUUUAACACUAGGCUACAGAUUGCCGCUCUUGAUGGGGGCAAAUCUGCAACAGUGCAAGUGCGUGAAUUGUUCAUCUGCUCGCGCCUGUGCGGCUACUAAAUUUCAGAAAAUAAAAUUAAUUAAAAAUAAAUAAAUAAUGGUCAUUAUUCUUGAAAAUUUUUUGGUUGAUGAGAAACAUCCAAGUACAGUUGGUGGUUAUAAUGCACAAAUGAUCUAAUAUCGUAGAAAUAUGUGAGACAUUGUUAGGGUAAAUUUUGUCAAUUUAUGAGAAUACAUUUAUUUUUCCUGAGAAUAAAUUUAAAAUUUCAAUGUUUCAGUAAUUAUAUUAGUGAUUAUAUAAUUAAAACACAUUUAAAGAGGAGAGAAAUGUGUAAUUUCACAAGAUUCCAUUGUUCUUUUUCCUAUUUUAGUAUGACCCUAGUAAAAACACAUUGUACCUGUUUUGUCAUGGCAACAAAAUAAAUGCACAUUAUGCGUACAUAUUCAUAUUACACGAGUAUUAGGUUUUUUUUGCCAUCUUCACAGUUGUGAGGUAAGACCAUAAUCUCAUACAAUAGGCAUGCAUGCUGUAAAGUGCAUUCCCCUCAGCCUAUGCUCAUCAGCGGGCUAAAGCACAAAGUUGUCGGGGGGAAAAAGUAGCUUUGGUGUACAGUAUUCCUGCUGAAAAGAAACCAAAGGAAGUAUGCGAAAAACUCCUUAGUGACGGUUAUUAAAGAUGACUUUUUUAUAUAUAUAUUUCUACGCAAUAGGCUUCUUGCAAAGUAUUGUUGCAAUUAGGUAUGCAAGAGGAUGCUUUUGUAAUGUGUUAAGGGUUUUCUUUUUUUUUUUUUUUGCUUUUUAAGAUUAACCUUAAGGGACUUUUUUUUAUUUUUUUUUUUAUUAACAAAGCCUUGCAGUUUUAGUUGCCAUCUCCGCCAAAUGAGUAUUUCAAAUUAGAGCAUUUCAAUCAUGCACUUUAAAGUAAUAGUGUAUGUGAUUUAAGAAUGCAGCUAUGACGAAUUCUAGCAGAAGCAAGGCGAUGCUUACCUACUCACUAAUGUAAAAAUAACAAUAUAUGUGAAGGAGCCAAUAGAAUAAUGUGAAUCGCCUGAUGGUACAAGAAGCGACAGGUCCUUAAAUUUCACUGUUAUCUCAAGGCUAUAUACCACAUGAUGCUGAAUAUUGUUUUAUGAUGGAAAAAAGUAUUACACAUUAACGCAAACUGACCAUGUAUUUUGAAUUUUUUUUUUUUUUUUUUUUACUGUAUGGAUAAUGUAUAUAUAUAACACUAACAAAAUUAAUGUGAUAUUUGGCUUGGAAGCUAAAAUUUUGGGAUGACUCUGUAAUGCAUACAACUGUCACAGAUUGUUUAAUUUAAAACACUUGAACAUGUAAAUUCAAAGCUUUUGGAAAAGUAUGGUGUUGAGACGUUGUAUUGCAUUCUAGGUUCCUCGCGAAAUUUCAAUCAAAAGCUAUUUUUGUGAGCCGUACAUGUAGGUAAUCAUUUAAUUUUGCCAAAAGGUGGCGCUGUCGGACACCUUGGACUACAUGGAGAUGUUGCAUACUGACAAUGAAGAAUCAAUAAAGAUGAUUCAGAAUCCA